GGGGUCGCCGCGGGUUCUGCCUCGUCCAAAGCUCUCUUGCCGCUUAAAUCUCACAGCUGCAUUGCGUUACAUAUCAAUUUUAAACCUGCAUUGCGUUACAUAUCAAUUUUAAACCUGCAUUGACAACGAACACGACUCACCGUCGGACCAAAACUGGUAGCUUAGCGGUUAGGGGACUGCAGUAUUUGAAGUUUCAACAUGAGCAAAGCAACAUUACUGCAAUUGUUGGCGCGUCGAUCCCUGGCCGGCUGCGUGCGGUCCCUGGCAGCGAGUGCUUGCGCCCAGCAAACAUCCGUCUUGCCUCUCUGCGACAAGACCGCGGCCGACGACACGUGGCAGCUAGCAGCAGCUAACAGCAUCGCAGUGACACCACAUACGACCAAGUUCAUAUCCACCAGCGGCUGCGCGACCAGUCCGCGCGCACACACGUUGUCACCUGCACACCCCGCCCCGCCACCCAGCCCCGCGACCUUUGCUCGCGGCCUCAGCAGCGCAGCUGCUCCGCAGCCCCACUCCUCGAACUCGCAGCAACCUCCCAGGCCGCACCACUCGGCGGGGGCGGGGGGGCCGCGGCGGACUGCCAGCCCCGCGCUACGUGCCCGGCUGGUGUCACUGCUGGGGGCCGGGCGGGUGACGGAGGCGCGGGAUGCGCUGACACAGCACGGCACUGACGAGUCGUACCACACGCCCCUGCCGCCCGACGUGGUGGUGUAUCCGGAGAGCACGGAGGAGGUGGCGGCGGUGGUGGCGGCGUGUGCGGCCGAGCGCACGCCAGUCAUCCCGUACGGAGCCGGCACGUCCAUCGAGGGGCACGUGGGCGCACUGCAGGGGGGCGUGUGUGUUGACCUGCGCCGUAUGAACCGGGUGCUGGCGGUGGCGGUGGAGGACAUGGACUGCCGAGUGCAGGCCGGCGUGACGCGGCAGCAGCUGAACCAGCACCUGCACGACACGGGGCUGUUCUUCCCCGUGGACCCGGGAGCGGACGCCACACUGGGCGGCAUGGCGGCGACACGCGCCAGCGGCACCAACGCUGUACGGUACGGCACCAUGCGGGACGCGGUGAUCGGGCUGACGGCGGUGCUGGCGGACGGCCGUGUUGUGCGCACGGGCCGGCGCUGCCGCAAGUCGUCCGCGGGCUACGACCUCACGGCACUGCUGGUGGGCAGCGAGGGAACACUGGGAGUCAUAACCGAGGUGGCAUUGCGGCUGCACCCAGUGCCCGAGGCGGUGGCGGCGGCGGUGGUCACGUUCCCGCCGCCGGCACCGGGCGGCGGCGGCGGCGGCGACGGGUCGGGCGGUGGCGGCGGCGGGCUGCGCGGGGCUGUGGAGUGUGUGGCGGCGCUGAUGGCGUGCGGCGUGCCGGUGGCCCGAGUAGAGCUGCUGGACGAGCUGAGCAUACAGGCCGUAAAUAAAUACAGCGGCACCGCCUUCGCGGCGGCCCCCACGCUGUUCUUCGAGUUCCACGGCUCGGCAGCGGCGGUGGCGGAGCAGGCGGAGCUGGUGGGGGCGCUGGCGCGGGAGCACGGCGGCAGCGGCUGGGAGUGGGCCACUUCACCGGAGGACCGGGCCCGGCUGUGGAAGGCGCGGCACACGGCCUACUGGGCGGCCAUCAGCAUGCGGCCCGGAUGCAAGGGCUUCCCCACGGACGUGUGUGUGCCCAUCUCGCGCCUGACGGAGUGCGUCAUGGAGUCGCAGGCAGACUGCGUACAGGAGGGCCUGCUGGGCCCCAUCGUGGGCCACGUGGGCGAUGGCAACUUCCACAUGAUGCUGGUGGUGGACCCACGGGACGCGGCGGAGGUGGCGCGGGCGCGCGGGGUGGUGGGGCGCAUGGUGCACCGGGCCCUGGCGCUGGAGGGCACGUGCACGGGCGAGCACGGCAUAGGGUAUGGCAAGCUGCCGUACCUCAUGGCGGAGCACGGCGCCGUGCCGCUGCAGGUGAUGGCCGCACUCAAGUCCGCACUGGACCCGCACCACAUCCUCAACCCGGGCAAGCUGGGCAGCCCCGCGGAGCAGCUGGAGCAGCUGGCGGAGCGGGACAAGCAGUAGCAGCAGCAGGGGGAGCAGUAGCGUGGGUGAGUAGUAGUGAGUAGUAGCAGGAGGGGCAGUAGCAGUAGGGGGCUGUAGGCGGAACGCCGUAGCGCCACAUUCGGUACGUAACCCUGCGGAACACGCCCUACUGCAUCUGCGAUGAUGGGUCUUUUGCCGACUGCCCUACUACAUUGGCAGUAGCGGCAGCAGCAGGCGCUGCAGCCACAGGUAGCAGUCGCAGAGGCGCCAAGAGCGGCAGGGCAGUUGCACCAGUAGCAACGAAAGAGCUGCACUGGAGCUGACUGCAGGCGGUGGUUGGUGGGGGAGGGGGGGGGAGAGGUACACAGACCAAGGGCAGGAGGCAACAAGUGCACGCAGGCACCAGGCAGGCAGGCACGGACAGGGGCGAUCCUGGAUCUGUCGAAAACUGUGGGGGGCUAAGCGCCUCAGGCCGGGGGC